AUGGAAAUAAAAAUUUUGUUCACCGUGGUAUCAGCAGUUGUUCUUGUUUGUCAUGGAUCUCCAAUAGUAGAUAAUGCUAAAAUAAUGUCUGGAGUUUUUAUUCCAGAGGAAACAAUUAAAACAAUUCAAGAUGACGUAUCAUUGAAUCAACAACCAAGCCAGCAACAGGUUCUUAUCAAUCAACAACCUCAACAGCAACAACAAAUUUCUAUUAGCCAACAACCGCAACAACAGGCUGUUGCUCAACUGAACCAGCAAGUAGUUUACCAAACACAACCCCAACAACAAGCUGUUGCUCAACCGAACCAGCAAGUAGUUUACCAAACACAACCCCAGCAAGAAGCUGUUGCUCAACCGAACCAGCAAGUAGUUUACCAAACACAACCCCAACAACAAGCUGUUGCUCAACCGAACCAGCAAGUAGUUUACCAACAAGCCAUUGGUCAACCCAACCAACUGCUGGUUUAUCUGGCUCAACCACAACCAUCCACUCAGCAAGUAAUUGGUCAGCCACAGCAGCAGGUUGUUAGUCAACCAGAUCAACAGAUCGUAUAUCAACAACCGCAACAACAACCACCUCAAACUCAACAGCUCAACCAAAUCAACAAGCGGUUUAUCAACAACCACAACCCGGGAGCGCCUGGACAAAUUGUUCUAGGUCAGUCGACAUACGUAAAUCAACAACCACGUCCGGUGUACAUCUCGCAACCUGCUAACCAACAGCCAGCAUUGGUGAACCAGCAACCUAAUCGCGGACAGCCGAUAUAUUUUGCGCAACCAGGACAAACCGUGUUAUUAGCCCAACCGAACCAGCCUUCAGGUCAACAACAGUAUGUGAUCGGUCAACCUCCCCAGCAGACGAUACUUGUUGGACAAUCCGGUCAGUUUGUAAAUCAAAGGCCACCACCGGGUAGUGUGUACGCACUCGUGCCAGUCUCAAAUUCAAAUAAUCCAAAUCUUAGUCAAAGUCAAGGCAGCGGCACCAUUUACAUCCCCGUACAAGGAUCGAAUCAAGUUUUCGCUGUCUCUUCUUAA